CAUGGAGAGCGGGGGCGCUGGCUGCAGCCGCUUGCCUGGCCCGGCAGGCAGCGAGCGGGAGCCGCAGCCCGGGGAGGAGGCGCCGCCGGAGACCGAGUCCGACUGGAGCUUUAUCGACUGCGAGAUGGAGGCGGUGGCGCUGCAGGACCUGCCCACCGCCACCAUCGCCUGCAACCUGGACCCGCGCCUCUUCCAGGACAGCCUGUGCCGGAAUGGUCUACAGCUAAUCUUCCUAAGAAAACCUGAAUGUUCAUCUCCAAGGGUUUUCAUAUGCCUCAUUAGAAGAAUCACUGUAGAUUCUGCCUCCCCUCUCCUUAAUUUCCAGGCCAAAUUUGAAUCUCUCUUUAGAACAUAUGACAAAGAUAUCACCUUUCAGUAUUUUAAGAGCUUCAAAAGAGUACGAAUAAACUUCAGCAACCCUUUAUCAGCAGCAGAUGCUAGAAUCCAGCUACAUAAGACAGAAUUUCUUGGAAAGGAAAUAAAACUGUAUUUUGCUCAGACUUUGCACAUUGGAAGCUCGCGUUUGGCUCCACCAAAACCAGACAAACAGUUUUUGAUUUCACCUCCAGCCUCUCCUCCUGUUGGUUGGAAACAAGUAGAAGAUGCUACGCCAGUCAUUAACUAUGACCUUCUCUAUGCUAUCUCCAAGCUAGGGCCAGGAGAAAAAUAUGAACUCCAUGCUGCAACUGACACUACUCCCAGUGUUGUUGUCCACGUAUGUGAGAGUGACCAGGAAAAUGAAGUGGAGGAGGAAGAGGAAGGCACGAAGAAACCCAAACCAAAAAUUAUUCAGACAAGAAGGCCGGAGUAUACUCCUACUCAUUUAAGUUGAAGUGAUUCUAACUUUCAAGGGUUUCAAGUAGACGUAUACAAGAAAAAUGCUUACUAUGGAAGUGUCAGGUCACAAUUUUGGUGGCAGUGGCUGCAGCAGU